GCUUUAAUAUCAGUGGCUGACUUGUACUAAAUCUGAAUUAUAUUCAGUACAUCCUGCCCCCUCUGGCCGUGUACCACGCCUGAAAUCCAGCCUACAGCACUAAUCUGAACUAUAUGUUGUACAUCCUGCCCCCUCUGUGGCCGUGUACCACGCCUAAAAUACAGCCUAUAUUAUACAGCCUAUAUUAUUCUAAUGCUGAUACCACAGUGCAUCCUGCCCCCUCUGUGGCCGUGCACUUAGCCAUCUGCCAGUGUAUCCUACCCCCUCUGUGGUCGUACACUGUGCCAGUUCGGGUCUUUACAUCCUGCCCCCUCUGUGGCCGUGUACUGCACCCAAGUUAAUAUAAGAUGGCAGAACAGCCAGGCAUGUCGCAAUCAGCCAAUAUGAUGCCAGAUCAGCCAGGCAUGUCACAAACAGCCCAGCCGCAACACUCUAAGGCGACUAAGCCUAAGCAUGUUAAAGCAAUGGCUAAGACAAAACAUCUUUCAAGCCAUAGCAAACCAAAGCGGCCAUGCUAUGCCUCUGUGCCAACCCCCACCACUACCACAGCAACUCAGGCACACAUAAGCGAUAUACUUCAUUCCCCUGCUGCUUCCUCUGACGAGGAAGAUUUUGCUGGCUUCCACACUCAGCCUUCGCCUAACCAGCCUCCCUCCGUUUUACCGUCCCAAACAUCUGCUCCAAUAGCCACUCAGGCACAAACAUCUACCACAACUGGGCUGCUGCCGUCCCCUGAUUUCCUCUUCCAACUUCAAGCCAUGCUGGCAUUUUUCACCCAAAUGCAGUCACCACCACAAGUUCCUGCCAUACCCCAACUCAACAUGGACCAACGUGCGUGUCAUGAAGCUCAUCCUUCCUGUUCACCUAACCCCUUUGAUGUAGCCAGACGCAGAUGUAUUGACGAAGCCUCGUAUGCUGAGGAGUCAACCUUCACUGACCACGUUGAAGGAGAUGACUGGAGCGAUUAUUCAGAUCAUGAGGAGGAUACAUCGUAUCGCUUGUUUAAUGCUUCAGACUAUCAGUCCCUGGCACGCAGGGUAGUUAAUACCCUUGGUCUCCAGACUGCGCCUUCAACUUCCUCCACCCCAGCCAUCAAAGGGGCCAAGGUUCUCAAAUCCCCUGCACCUACUGAACAUUACAUCCCGGUGCUGGACCCGAUUGCCGAAUUGGCCUCUGAAGAAUGGGCUCACCCAUUCCAUUCUCGCCGCUUCAAAAACCUGGCUGACAGGUUUUACGCCCUAGCUCCGGACUUUGCCACCAAGUUAGACGUCCCUGGCAUAGAUGAACCAAUCGCUCGCCUCGUUUCACGUUCUCUCUUGCCCAGGGAAGGGGAAUCCCAACUAAAGGACACUACUGAGCGACGAAUAGACUUCGCCCUCCGCAAAAAUCACGAGGCCACUGCCCUCUCCAUGCGUGCCUCCGCUUCGGACUCCAUUUUCUCCAGAGCAGCUAUGAUGUGGCUGGAUGAUCUUCUAGAGGACACUAACCCUGAUCCUGUCGCCCUCAGAAGGUCACUGGUAAAGUUGCGUAAGACAGCAGCUUUUGUGGCCGAUGCCACCUUGGACGCCACUCAAUUGGGGGCACGAGCCAUGACGGCUCAGAUAGUCGCUCGACGGACCCUCUGGCUUCGCCACUGGCAAGCUGAUUCAGUGGCCAGAAUGAAUCUGUCCAGGGCUCCUUACUCGGGAUCGUUACUCUUCGGCAAGGAAGCUCUAAAGGCAGUGCUGGUUGAUCCCAAAGACGCCCACAAACCGGUUCUGGCCACUGUCCAGAACAUCGACCACAGGCCUUUCAGGCAAUCUCCUUCCUUCCGUACUAACCAGCCUUUUCAAGGAAUGCGGCCAGGAGGACGAGGCCGCAACUUCAGAUCCUAUGACCCCAAUUCAUUCAGGGGCUCCUGGAACCGACGCUUCCAGGGCAGAGACCUACGGCUGGCUUGUCAACUUCGACAAAAGCCAUCUCCAACCAACCCAACGCCUACUACAUCUAGGGGCAAUGUUGGACACCCUGCAGGCAGACGUCAUGCUUCUAGCCAGGGCGCUCGGAAUGUUCAUUUCUACAAUCCAUAUUGUGCCAUGGGCUCGAGCCCACACUCGGCAUCUUCAAUGGACUCUACUGCCCUUUCAACAGGACAUUGCCAGCUCCAACCAUCGCAAAGUUCGCUUGACCCCCGCACUGCGCCUAUCAUUCCGCUGGUGGACGAGGUCCCAACACCUCUCCAAGGGCACGCCGUUCAGAGAACCACACAGAACUGUUGUAACCACAGAUGCCAGCCUCAUCGGCUGGGGAGCCCACUACAACUCCCAGUACGUUCAGGGGGUUUGGUCCACCACAGAGCAGACUCAAAGCAGCAACUGGCUGGAGCUAAAGGCUGUACAUUUAGCUCUACUUCUUCAGUCUCUGUUCCCUUUGGACCAUGUCCUCAUUCGAACGGACAACAUGUGUGUAAAAUCACAUUUGAACAGACAGAGGGGCACCAGGUCUCGUCCUCUGCAGGACCUAGUCUCCCUCAUCUUUGUCUGGGCAGAACAUCAUCUACAAUCCCUGAAAGCAGAACAUCUCAGAGGGAUUUGGAAUGUGACAGCAAACUGGCUCAGCAGACAACAGGUUUUUCCGGGGGAAUGGAAUCUUCACCCAGCCAUUUUCCAUCGUCUUCAGAGUCGGUUCGGCGAAUUCUCAAUCGACCUGUUUGCCUCCAGUCGCAAUUGCCAGCUUCCCAGGUACUUUGCCCGAUACCUGGAUUCAACAACGGAAGCAAUGGAUGCUCUGACAAUACCGUGGCCAGACGGUCUCUUGUACGCCUUUCCUCCCAUACUAUUGUUAGCCAAAACCUUGAGGAAGGCGCGAACCGAGAGGGCACAGCUGGUUCUGAUAGCACCAUUUUGGCCACGCCCACCGUGGUUCUCAGAUCUUCUGGCAGUGUCAAUUAUGGAUCCUUGGACACUUCCAGUCAGGCCAGACCUUCUAUCCCAGGGUCCAGUAUGGCACCAGGACCCUACUUGGCUCAAUCUAACAGCGUGGCGUUUGAACGGGGACAUUUGAGGUCAGCUGGCCUGUCUGACGCUGUGAUUUAUAUUAUUUUGGCCUCGAAGACCAUCUACCACUCGUAUUUAUCAACAUACUUGGGUGGCUUUCUCCAAGUGGUGCCAGUUCCACCACCACGAUCCAUCCCAGGCCACCAUGCAACAGGUGCUGCAAUAUCUCCAUAGCGGCUUC